AUGGAGCAGGCAGCGCCCUGUGUGGCCUCAGCUGCCCAGGGUGAAGGUGACAGGUGCGGGCAGGUGGAGAAUCGGGCUGGUGAGCUCAUGGCAAAGGCGUUCGGGGCAGUGCCCCGAGGCUGCCUGGUCUAUAAAGCUCCCUUCGCACUCCAGCCUGCAGCAACGCCCGUCAGCGCCAUGGCGACCCCUGAUGCCGUGCAGGCGACCCCUGAUGCCGUGCAGGCGGCCACAGAGCUCAUUGAACAGCGCCUGGCACAGGAAGAGGAGAAGGAGAAAAUCCAGGGAGCACCUCCCGAGAAGAUGGCCAUGGACAUGCUGGUGCUGGAGGAGGAGAAGCGCCAUGGUGCUCAGAACCCAGCCUUGCAGAAAGUGAAGGGUCAAGAACGCGUGCGCAAAACGUCCCUGGAUCUGCGGCGGGAGAUCAUCGAUGUGGGGGGCAUCCAGCACCUUAUCGAGCUGCGGAAGAAACGCAAGCAGAAGAAGAGGGAGGCACUGGCCACCCAGGAGCCAGUCCCGGAGCCUGAGGAGCCGACCGGCCCUGUGGAUGACGAGAUGUUCUUGAAGGCAGCGGUGGAAGGGAAUAUAAAAGUCGUUGAAAAGUUCCUGAUUGAUGGUGGCCCUGUGAACACCUGUGACCAGUUCCACCGUACAGCACUGCAUCGAGCUUCCCUGGAGGGCCACAUGGACAUCCUGGAGAAGCUUCUAGAAAGUGGGGCCACUGUGGACUUCCAGGAUCGGCUGGACUGCACAGCCAUGCACUGGGCCUGCCGUGGAGGGCACCUGGAUGUAGUGAAACUCUUGCAAAGCCGAGGAGCAGACACCAACCUCAGAGAUAAGCUGCUGAGCACCCCCCUGCAUGUGGCAGUCCGGACGGGGCAUGUGGAGAUUGUGGAGUACUUUCUGUCCCUGGGUCUGGACAUCAAUGCCAAGGACAGAGAAGGGGACAGUGCCUUGCAUGACGCUGUGAGGCUCAACCGCUACAAGAUCAUCAAGCUGCUGCUCCUGCAUGGGGCUGACAUGACAACCAAGAAUUUAGCAGGCAAGACCCCCGCGGACCUGGUGCAGCUGUGGCAGGCUGACGCCCGGCAAGCUCUGGAGCACCCUGAGCAAGGUUCAGAGCAGAACGGGCUGGAGGGGUCUGUUGAGAGCCGGCCUGGAACACCCCAGCCUAUAUCAGCCCAAUAAAUGCCUGUCCCUGUGCCACCAGAAGGUCAGCAA